AUGGCUGACCCCCCGUCCCCCUUAAACCGCCGCUUAUCGCAAGCUGAAUGGCAGCGUCGAAACUCGACAUUAUCAGACUCACUCUCCGAAGCCCGUAACUCCAUCCGUUCAUCAACCGACGGCCUCUUUCUACCGCGCGUAACCGAAGAACAGCCCCUAGAGGAAUCCCAUUGGCAUUCAGCGCCCCUGGGACUCGCCCUGCUGCCAGCGAUCGCGGGCAUCUUCUUCCAAAAUGGCAGUUCCUUCGUGACCGAUGUGACCUUGCUGGUGUUGGCUGCGAUCUUCCUCAACUGGGAUUGGUAUCGCUCAACCCAAGCAAUCCGCAAAGAAAGUGGACUUUCCGAUCCAGCCACAUUCGAGGAUGAAGCCGAGGCCAAAUCCCCAGAUAAUCCAGAACAGUCGCACCAGCACCACCACCAAACAUCAGCAGCCGCAGCAAGCAAAGAACUCCAAAUCCACGAACUCGCCGCCCUAGCUUCCUGCUUCAUCUUCCCAAUAAUAGGAACCUGGCUCCUACACGGCAUCCGCUCAAGCCUCUCCCGCCCCUCCGAAGGCCUAGUAUCAAACUACAACCUAACAAUCUUCCUCCUAGCCUCCGAAGUCCGCCCAGUCGCCCACCUCCUAAGACUAGUCCAAUCCCGCACAAUCCACCUGCAGAGAAUAGUCUCGGACGCAGAAUCAGAUCCCCGCGAUACAGUAGACCAAAACACAAUCCAAGAUGUAACAAAACGUCUCGAAGAGCUGGAAGCGCAUAUUGCCGCGACGGUAGCCGCGCGUCUCCAAUCGCAGAAUCAAUCCCAACAUGCUGGGGCUGGAAUCGGAGCUGGAAACCUCUCUCUCAAACAACAACAAGACCACCCCGAUUCCCCAUCCCUGCUCACCCAAGCAAUAGCCGAAACCCGUCGCUCAAUCCAACCAGAUAUCGACGCUCUGAAUCGCGCUGUGCGCCGGUAUGAAAAGCGCACGGCGCUGUCAACCCUGCAGACCGAUCAGCGGUUACUCCAGCUCGAAACGAAGGCGCGGGAUGCGGUUUCGUUGGCUGCUGCUGCGCAGAGAGCGAGUGCGUCGCGACGCACUGGGUAUGCCGUUAUUCUUGUUGAUUGGGUUUGUGCCUGUGUUGUGAUUCCUGCACAGGUUUUCUUGUCUGUUGUUGCUUUGCCUGGUCGGGUUGUUUCUGGGUGUUUGGAUAGUGUGCGGCGCAUCUUUAUGCCAAGAAAGUCUGGUUCGAGGAGAGAGCGGUCGAAGGGGAAGGAGGAGGGUUGGGGGAAGGUUAAUGGUUCUGGGGCUGGGGAGGUGGAUUGA